AGAAUCAGCUGACUCCCAGCCAAAACACAGACCAGCUGAUACGAGCCCCAAGCAGAAAACGCACAAAGGACAGUGAGGUGGGUGCAAUUGUGGUGCGUGUAAUCGACUAGGUUUGACAGGUUUCAAAGUUGUUAUUUUCUCUAAAAACUAAGCAAAAUCAUGUCUGCUGAAAUCAUGGCGGAUAGCAGUGAAAGAUCGAUGGAUACGGAGUGUCAUGCCCUGGAGCCCGAGGCAAAGCGACAGAAACUUGAGUCCGUGGUCAAGCCAAUUUUGAAGCCUGAAGAGGACAAACUGGAGCAGAGACUUGGUGGAAUUUUGUGUUGCGCUGUCUGCCUGGAUCUUCCAAAAUCAGCUGUUUACCAGUGCACCAACGGACAUCUCAUGUGCGCGGGGUGUUUCACCCACCUCCUAGCUGACGCCCGUCUGCGUGACGAGACGGCCACUUGUCCCAACUGCCGGAUCGAGAUCUCCCGCUCGCUCGUGUCGCGUAACCUAGCAGUGGAGAAGGCAGUCAGUGAGCUGCCCUCCGAGUGCCAGCACUGCGGCAGACAGUUCCCUCGCAGCUCGCUGGAGCAGCACGCGAGGGACGCCUGCGAUGAAAGGCCACUGACCUGCCGGUACAGUCGGAUCGGCUGUCCGUGGCGCGGCCCGGCCCACGAGCUCACCGCCCAUCAGACCCAGUGCGUGCACCCGCACAACACCGGCGAGACCAUCAUGGGCGUCCUGCAGGCGGGUGAACUGCGCAGGCAGCGCGAGGCACAGCUCUAUGACACCAUCUUUGACCUGCUGAGCUUCGAGAAGAUCCUCUUCAACGACCUGCAGAUGAAGCCUUACCGCACCGACGACUUCAUCCACAAGCUCUUCUACGAAACCAGUCGGUUCUCGGCCUUCAACUGCCAGUGGGUGAUCAAGGCACGCAUCAACGACAACCAGCGGGACCCGAGCCAGAGCUGCGACCGCUGCAUGACCUACCAGCUGAUUCUCAAGUCGAAGGUGAGCCAGCCAAUGAGCGUGCAGUACCUGGUGUUGCGGGGCCCGUUCGGGGACGCGCGCGUGGCGCCGGCCAUCUACAGCCACGAGUUCAGCGACUCCCAGCCGGAGAGCGAGUUCCAGCGGCUGCCGCUGCCCGACUCGGCCGAGUGUAACCGCAUGCUGGCCGCCCGCUCCGUCAACAUACGGUUGAUUAUGUUCCAGGUGAGCAAGUGAGCGCCUCUCCGGCCGAUCGGCGGCGCCCUCUGCGCUGCCCUACCCCGCCUGCCGGCCGCUCUCUCCGCCCCGCCCCAACGUCCGUCGAACACAGCCCGCACAGCCGUGGUGGCUCCGACCGCGGACCGGUCUCAGCUGCGAGCCCGGAGGACGCCGUCGGAGCCGGGCCGCGGCCGCGUGAGCGUCUUCUCUGCCACAGACACGCCGUCGUUCGUCGCAUCCGACACUGAGCGCAAAAUCGACGAGUGGGGAGUGGGGUAAAAUUAUGUGUGUAUCAGUUUAUGAAGGCCGCUUCGGCAGUGCGUAGAGUGUGUGUGGAGUCUCGUGUCCCACUUAUUUGUGCGGGGUCUUUGCCCUCCUCUUGUAGGGAGGAUACUGAAAGCCUUUUUAGGUCUCGAGUUUUCCGUAGACGAAAUAGAAAUAUUGGUAAGAGUAGUUUUAUUGAGUGUUUUAUUGGUUAAGUCAAGAUGAAAUCAUGCUUGUUGACCUUGUAUGCUUUAGACGGGUGGUGAAUUGACUAUAAAUUAAGUUGCGAUUUAAUAUGCUUGUUAUAUAAGAGCCAGAGAACGGAUCGAAUUUUCUUAGGCCGGUGUCUUGACGACAGUUGAUGACGACAUUUGUAAAUGUCGCACACUUCGCAGCUUCGUGUUUGCCCGGGCACAAGAGUUGUGUUUGCAUAUGAAGUAAAUGUCUACUGAAGAAAUUUCGGUGACACAAAUGCUCGCUGGUCCAGAUGAGUGGUUUGUCAAUUACAAAACACCAAUGCGAUGCUUUAUGAUGAAUGUAAUUUGAAAUAUUAUGUUUUGCAUCAAUGAUUAAGUUCAACGAAUGUUUGUGAAGUGCUGCAUAAGCAUAAAUUAUAUAACUUAAGAAUUCUACCGUUAUUAAAUCUUAAUAUUUUUGUCUUUAGAUAUAAGAACUGCCUUGGCAAAAAGCUGACAACCAGAAAUAAGUUUUAAUUGUUCCCAAAGUGUGACUAAAGAUGUAGGUGUUGGCGUGGAUCGCUAUGCUUGUUCGGCUUAUCUUGUUAUUCGUCCUGCCGAUUUGCCAUAAGUUUAUCAUUUAGAUUUAUCGCCCGUAGACCGUUUGAAGGGCAUAGCUAGGGGGAGAUGAUUACGAGGAACGAACUCCCUAUUAGCCGUGAAUCGGUCGAAUCUUCCCAUAUUUUGAAAUUUAAUAACACUGAAAAUACUCAUAUCAUUUCACGACGUGUGGUGUUAGAUAUCAAGCGAUUAUGUGCUGGGUCGCGUGUUGCUCUUUAAACUAUUUUCGUAUCUGUUUGAGUUUGCGACCGAAAACGUUCUGUCAUGAAAUCUCAAGGCAUAUUAGUGUUGCUGUACUUGAUACUUGCACAUGUAUUUUCGAUUUGACCUUUUUGACUUGGUCUUCCUGAAACCUGCUGAUUGUGCUGAACCUCGAUUGUCGCAUAUUUUUGGAAAGUUUGCAAGCACGUUUGUAGCUUCCCGUCUACUUGGGUCGUACCGUUGCGGCCCUGCACACUAACUGACAUCCAUGUCUUUCGUUCGCUCGAUAUGAUAUAACUAUCUGCCGUCGAUGCCAUUAUGUUGUAUAAGUUAGCGAUAAGAGAAGCCUUUUCAUAGGAUAGCUGUUCGUCUGGCGCACAGAUGUGCGGUAAGAUUGACCUUGUAGUAGCGUGGAGAAGGAGCAGGCUUCGGUUUGUCACCAAGUACAAAAUGUUGAACGCGAUAGAGUAAGGAUGUGGCUUGUACAGCAUGAGGCAAGACUGAUGUAGGUUAGUGAGUGCCGGCUGGUUUUUGAAGUGGAGUGUCGUGUGGUUCGUGGUAAUCCGAUACAUUUACCUUCAAAUUAUCGAUUAAAAAUGUUUCUUUUUCGCGAAAGACGUACAUCAACAUGUAUCCGAGUUUUAUCACGCCAAAACCGUGUCGUCGGUUGAACAAAUCUCGCAUUCGACAAUAUCUAAAAUUUACGUACCGCAGAGCCGUGUUACGUUUAGCGCGUGCGUUUCGCCCGAAUGCAGAGUGUGACCGUGCUGGCGAUCUCCCUAGUACCGGGUGUCACCCUAGGUCGUCUCCCUUAGAAUCUGAUCUAAUACACCUAGUUUGUGGUUACAA